GUCUGGUCGAUAUUAUAAUGCUGAUAAAUUUGCGGCAUCGAAUCUAUGAUAAAGAGGCUCAAUUCAGGAGCAUAAAGGCAGAGAAGGAAAGACUUUUAAAGGAUUUAGGUUUACAGGUGUACAAAGACGACGACGAUAACAAAACCAAUGACAAUAAAUUGCUUAGCAAUGAAGAAGAAAACACAUAG